AGUAGCUGCCGCAGACAGCAGCGGCGGCGGCGGCGGCGGCAGCAGUGAUUCGGUAGCGCGCGGCGACGGGACUAAAUCUGUCCGUUUCGAACCAUGGCGACCGACUAAACGAUGCCUUUCGCAGAGGUUGACGGAGAUGUGAGGAGAAGUGUGUGUCCCAUGUUGCAUUAGUGUCUGUGUGAAAUGCUGGCCUGUCUGCCAGGGCCAGGUGACCUCCCCCUCCAGCAUCUCCCCCACACGCAGAUGAACACUGGACUUCAGAAAUGGGACACCACACAAAGGAUGAGAUCCACUCCGUUCCCAACCCCUGCAGAAUUGGAUGCCUAUGCUAAGAAAGUUGCCAACAAUCCGCUCACCAUCAAAAUCUUCCCUAACAGUGUCAAAGUCCCGCAGCGGAAUCACGUCCGGCGUACCGUAAACGGGCUGGACACAUCGGGCCAGCGCUACAGUCCUUAUCCUUCCUCCCAGCCCGGCGCCAAGACUGGCCUCCUCGCCAUUGUCAAGGUGCCCACCGUCAAGGGCAUCCUCAAAGAUUUCGCCGGCAGCCGGGCUCGCUUGCACCCCGAAGUCAUCAUGAACCACCUGAGCGGACCUUACCAAGUGGCUUCGACCAGCACUUUAAACCACCACCACCUGACUCUGCCGAACCUUCCCCAACCUCAGCAGAACUUAACCGUGCAACCCCAGGACGCACCUCAGACUCUACAGAUGCCACUCGCUCAGCAACAAAGCCUCAGACAUCCUCUCCCCAUGGCCCAGCACUCUCAGGGCCCAACUAGACUGCAGACUGUCUCUCAGCACCCAUCCCUCGGCCACCCGCACGUCCCUCCUGCUGUCCUGCUUCAGCAGCAACAGCAGCAGCCCCAGCCUGGCCUGCAGGCGAGCAGAAAGCUGCCAGAUGGCGACGCACCACCUAACGUGACCGUCUCUACCUCAACCAUUCCGCUCCCGAUGGCCUCGGGGCUGCACCAGGGGCGCCAGCCAGACCUGAGCGCCAUCGUGCACCAGAUCAACCAGUUCUGCCAAGCUCGGGCCCAGGGCGCCGGGUCGGCUUCCGUGUGCGAGGGCCAGAUCGCCAACCCCAGCCCCAUCAGUCGCAACCUGCUUAUCAGCGCUUGCUCUCGAGUGUCCAUGCACAACAACCCCGCUGCCGUCGGCUUUCCCCAGCACAACUGUAUCGUCGGCCCUCGAGAGAAAGCGACUAUCGCGAUGGGGGUCCACCCUUUACCCAGUGUGACCAUGAACCACUUGCCUUCCAACCGCACAGAUCUCAAGCAGCAACGGCACCCCCGGCAGCAGUUGCAACCCAACGCACAGCAACAAAAGAUGCGCUCUUGGAAUCAGCACCCGUUGACCCACCUGCCCCACGCGCAGAACAGUUGCAAGCAGCCUACUAGGGAAGUCACCUUCCACUUCCACAAGGGAAUGGGCUACCCCGCCGACGUGUGCGUGGGUCAUCCGUACAUGCUGAAACCUCCAGUAGAUAGGCCGACCCCCUCGCCACCCGUCAACCACAACGGCGUGACGGGCCCCGUGGCCCACUACCCAAACGGUCACUACUUCCAAUCCCACAUUUGGAACAGCAGCAUCCUCCCCACGCCCAACAGUGACAGCUCCGGCUCUCAGGACGUAGCCAUGCCAUUCCACGGAGCGGGCCCGGGCGGGUGCGCCGCAAUCGAAUGCGGGCCCCCGGGGGCUCCCCAUUACAGGCUACCGGCGAGCUCCUCCACCUCCUCUACCCAGACUAAUCUGAUGCAAAGCGCAGAUUACGUGGGUGGGGACUUCCAGACGCCCUACUUCCGCGAUCAGAAUCUGGGGUUAAUGGGCAAGAUGCACAGGCCCCCUGUGAGCAGGGUGGGGCCGGAGGUCGGGGAUGGUAGAAGCGCUCUCAUCCAGCAUCCAGGGUACAGAUAAGCUAUGGCCUUGUCUCCGCAAGUUAUCAACCCCCUUUGUUUAGUCUUAAGAAAACACAUAACUUGACAAAACUGUAAAUCUUAAAGAGGGUGAAUGAAUAUAUUUAAUUCAUGAAGUCAAAUAGUUCUUUUUUUUUUUUUUGAUCAAUCUUGCAAGUGAUCAAUUGUUUUAUUUAUUUAUUUUGUUUGUUUGUUAGUGAAUGCUUCUACCUGGAACAUUUAGGAUUCAUGUUUGAAAGCGUGCUCACAAGUCUACUGUGUCAUUCCUGCUUUUUUUGCUCCACCAUACAUGUGCGUGCCUGGAUUUCGACAGAUCCUGUGUUAUUUCCUCUUCGCAAGCUUGUAAGGUUUCUCAAGAGCAAUUAAACAUAACUCAAUCGCUUGCCCGAAAAGCGCGGCCACAUCCAUUGUUGGAUGUGCUGUCGGGAACCCGAGGCUCCGACUUGUCUAACUCGACAGGGAAAGACUUUUUCUGCGUGUAAUAAUCUUGUUAGAGAACAGCCGUAAAAGUGUGUGUACGUAUGCAGAGCUUUUACUAUUUUCAGAUGUAAUUUAUUUGUGUAAUAGGACUAUUGAAACUUGAUUCCUUGCCGUCGCGUAAUGACAAACGUAAUCAGGUUGUUUGUAGAUAGCAAGGACCCAGCAGGGAGCGUGCGUGUUGCCAUGGUAAUGUGCUCUGUCCUGCUUCAAAUGCUGCAAUGAAUUCAGGUGUUUAAAAAAAAAAAAAAAAAAAUCCGCCCGCGCGGCCAGGCCAGGUAGGGUUCGGGGGACGACGACGUGAAAAGUUUCGCGCGGUAAGGUUAUUGGAAGCGUUAAAGACGGCCCUAGUCAAACACUGACUUUUCUGCAGCGCUCAACAUAAAGGAGAACACUCCCAACGGAUUUAUCAGAAAAGAUAAUGUUCUUACUGUGGUGCAGGCAAAAGGUUUCUCUCCAGUGUGCGUUCUUGUGUCGAAUGAAUACCCAAAGUAAGUUUCAAUACACGUCAGUUCAUCCGAGUCGGUGACGCUAGUGACUCAGCUCUAUAGAGAAUGGAUGGAUGGAUGGAUGGAUGGAGUAACACGCCAAAGGAAGUCUAGCGGGGCUAAAAAAAAAAAACAACUUUUUUUUCUUUGUAAAUAUAAUUGCGGUGAUCCACAAGACGCACACAUUGACCAGGGCUGCAAGGGGCAGGAGAUGAAAGAUUUAAAUGGACUCUUUGGCUUCAAAGGGAGUGGUUGGCUGUUUGAUGUGAAAAUACAAUGUGGAGAGGAAAGUAACAGGACUGGUUCUCAUCUCCUCAUGUUGUAAUUUACCCCAUCUCCGCAGUAUCCGCAAUAAUUCAACCACAGGAGCGCAGUCAUCGACUUUCAAUGUAACUGCGGUAUUAAAAAGCUCAAUUUCCAAAGGAGGGACAUGGCCGUUUAUGUUGAGUGCUGUGGUAGGGGGAGGUGUGUCAUUUUCUUUUACAAAGCAUUUUUCCGGAACCAUGACAAAUGUAUUACUUGAAUGUGGAGAUAAUUGGUGUUGAAGGCGAUUAUAAUAGAUGUGCGUAUAUAGUGUUACUAAUGUCCUUUGGGAUCAAACUCGAUCCCGGGUGAAAGUGUGGUUGCUACUGAUUCUGAUGUGAAGACCAAAUUGAUCACUUGCAAGGUGACGGAAUCAAAGCAGACAUUUUACAUUGAACAGCAAAUGCAUUGUUUAUUUUAUUGUACACUGGCUUACCUACUAGACUACUGUAACAUUUAAACUUCAAUGAUUGUGUGAGUGUUGCCGGGUUGUGCGUGCGCGCGCACGUGUACGUGCUUGUGCGUGGUCACGAUGACGCCCAUGUUUUGUU